AUGGAAGACGCAGUGCUUAGCUCGGUGAACCAGCAUUUUGAAGAAAAGGAUGGGAUUGCUUCUCAUAAAUCUCUCUCAAUCGCUUAUGGAUGGGGUCUUGCGGAAUCUCAGCUCAACUUAGAAAGAUACAUUGAGAGACAUACUGAAGUUAAACCGGUAUUUCGCAUCAGCGGGUUCCAGUGUAUGAACGAUGAUCAAUGGUCUUAUGUUGUCCGAUUAACUACCUCCAAUGGUUUGGCAGCGCACAGAGACUUAAAGGAGUUCAAAAAGCAUAAUGUCGACGCUUUAGCUUGCUUUAACAAAUCUCUAGCACACGAUCCUGUCUCACAUCCUUCGCUCGUCUCUUUUCCAUGGAAAUACGCUCCACCCACUUCAUCGAAUCCGGCCAAAGUCAUGAAGAUUGCAAAUCCGGUACCUUCUCCAGUUAAGUCGCAAUCAAGAAUGGAUCCGAUGACUCAAAAAACAUCAGUCCCAUCAGUGCCCACAGUAGCUCAUAGAAAAUCGGUUAAAAGACCACCACCGAAAUCUCGACUUCAUAAACCCGAAAAAGUGCCAGAAAAAGUUGAAGAUAUUCCAGACCCAUUUGCGGAUUCAGAUGAGGAUGUGCUUGAGGAGGAAGCUGAACUAAUGCACAAAAAGCGUCGACGCUUGGUCUUUUCUUCUGAUGAGGAAGGUGAAGUCAAGGCGAAAAAGACAGUAGAAUCAAAUGCUGAAAGUUGCUCAAGCAAUGGAGGCGCGAAGAUUAAAAUCGACAGACCUUCCAAAUCCGUCUCUAAAAUCUCCGCAAGUGCUUCCAAGGCGAACGAUAAAUCACCGCAGAAGCGAAAGUCAUCCAAGAGGUCUAAUUCAGAGAAGAAGGAGCUAAUUUCAGAUGACGAUGAUCAUGAUGGAGAAGAAGCGAUCAAACUCUCCCCUGCCAAAGGAGUCAAGAAGAAAUCCUCUAAGGUAGCCAUUUCCAAAGUAAAAGAAGAUUCCGAUGAAGAAAUGUUUGAAUUGGCGCCUGCACAGGGCGUGAAGAAGGAAAACUCUCCACCACCACCACCACCAUGUCCUGUGAGCACAACUCGCAAACGCCAAGUGACCAAAACCUUCACGGAUGACGAUGGCUUCUUGAUUACUGAAAAGGUCUGGGAAGAAGUUGAUGAGUCUGAACUCCAAGUAGAGGAGACCGAACCUCCUAAACCAGAAACUGCUGUGGAAACCAAAAAGGCUCCGUCAUCAGUAACAAAUAUGGCUAAUUCUAAACUGAAGAAGACCAAACAAUCAACUCUGAUGAGCUUUUUCAGGAAAUGA